AUGACUGACCGACAAACGUCCGCUCAUGUUUCCUAUCACUUACACGGGAUGUCAGGUCGGAAGCUUGCGAAGCGAGCUUGUGAUGGCUGCAAAAUCAGGAAGAUCAAGUGCACCGAGCUCGCUCCAUGCGACGGUUGCAUAGCCGCCGGCAUUGCUUGUACCUUUGUCAAGCAUGCAUCCACCAGAGGUCCGAGAAGGCCGAGAAAGAGCACGUUGGACGAAAUACGUCGAACACAGCGGGAAUGGGAGGAUCUCGGAUUGGCUGAAGCCGCACCUCCUGUUCCCGUUGUUCAUACCAAGCUCGACUCGGAAUCAGUCUUUGCGCCCAAUAAGGUUGCCGCCUUGGUCUUACAGCUCUGUGUCUAUCGUUUGCGCAUGUACCCAGUAUGGCCAGUCAUCAAGGUGGAGAGGCUUGUUGCCUCGUUGCAGAAGCCAGAGCCAGACAUUGAGGUCUUUGCAUUGGCCUAUGCCGUCGCUGCUGCUACCAUUGCACAGAUUAGGACAAUAACCUCAAACCAACCUGGCCAAGUGACGGCUGAGAUGAUGGAAGCUCAGUGCCAAUAUGCAAAAGCCCAAAGGAACAAGAAUCAACCUCCAGACCUAACUACGGUUCGCAUUCCCUUCUUCUUGCAUAUUUAUUACGAGAACCUGGAACCGGGUGGACUGCAGUCCAUUACCCAUUUACGUGAAGCGAUUGCGAUUGCUCAUAUGAUUGGGCUGCACCGCGAAUCAUACUACGUGAAUGUGCAACCAGAAGAGCAGGAAAUUCGACGACGGACCCUGUGGCUUCUCUUUGUCACUGAACGAGGGGUAUCCAUCCUUCACAAGUUGCUAGUAGUCAUCAAGACAAAAAUCGCAUUCCCUAGCACAAAUGACACAGACGAACGUGACGUUUUGUUGGCUUAUCAGAGGCUGAUUACUAUGUUUUGGUCCUUCGAUCAAGCAGGUGUAUUCGAGCAUCUUGACAGCCAGGAUUUUGAUUUCUCAAAUGCCACACCGCUAAGCGAACCAGUUCAGACGAAAGCUUUGGCGGCAAUGCGCAAACAGCUUGACGAAGAGGCUGGAAAAUCCUCUCAUCGGAUGAAUGAUAUCCAAGCACUAGACAUAUUAGUCACACGACAGUGGAUGCGUAUAAUAAUCUGGCGUCUUUCUCAAAGCCAUGGGUUCUUCUCACAGGGCGCGAAGAGUGCCGCCAGCUCGCUGAAUGAACCCAUAUUUAUCGCGAGAGAAUUUCUCCAAGUUAUAUGCCAGAUGCCUGAAACGGCCAUUGAAUCCCACGGUCCAGCUCUGGAAACUAAAGUGUUUGAAAUUGCAAGCUCCGUAGCAGACGCUAUGGCACUGGGAUUUACAGGGUUCAACCAGCUUGCUCAGCCAGACCCGGACAUGGCUCAAGAUGCACUGCUACGAUUACAAAGGCUUCUUGGUCGCAACAAUGGCUCGACAGGUUAUUUCGAGUCGAGUCUCAGAUUUUCGCCCGCACACCCCCACGACGAUCCGACGUUGGAGAAUAUGGAGAUUGAGAAGCAACUGCAGGUCGACGGCUUCGAUUUCACCAACGUUCUGGGCCCGGUCGACAGUCCUGACACGGAAUCCUUGGCGGAUGAUUCGUCAGCUCAGGUAUCCCCGUCGAAUUCUACUCAGCUACAGGAAGUGUUUGGACAACAAGCUCCUAACCCGGUGUGGGGCUCUAAUCAAGGCCCAACGGCGGACUUGGGUUUUGUGGAUGCACAGAAUCGCUUCCGAUCGUGGCAAGACAUCAAUUUCAAUACAAACGCACUCGAAUCCAAUGCGUCAAUCCUUCCUGGACAGCUGGGAGACACCACCGGCGUUGAUGUCAGUCACACACAUAGAUCAUCUGUUUACUCUGAACCACUUGAUGUGUCGCAGCUCAAUCUCUGGUACAUGAAAUAG